ACUGAUAGAGAGCUAUCUGCGAAAUAAACUUGAUCAGGAAAGAUGGAGCAGCAUGAAAACAACCAGACCACACAGGCACCAGAUGUCAAGACGGAAACCUGCCAGUCGACUAGUCUUAAACAGAACGAUAUAACACAGUAUCAGAAUGCACUGAAAGAAGAUUAUAUCACUUGCCAUGAAUGUGGGAUGCAUUUCACAAAGCAAGCAAGCUUUAAGCAGCACAUGAGGAGUCACACUGGAGUGAAGCCUUUUAUUUGCCCUCAGUGUGGAAAGGGUUUCACAUUAAAACAAGGCCUUGAGGCUCACAUCAGAAUUCACACUGGAGAAAAGCCUUUCUCCUGCUUUGUGUGUGGAAAGAGUUUCGCACAACAAGGACAACUUAAAUAUCAUGUGACAAGCCACACUGGAGAGAAGCCUUUCACCUGCCCUCAAUGUGAAAAGAGUUUCACAGCCAAACAAAGCCUUAAAAUUCACAUGAGAAUUCACACUGGAGAGAAGCCUUUCACCUGUCUUCAGUGUGGGAUGAGCUUCUCACAAGUAAAACACCUUAAGCGUCACAUAAGAACACACACCGGAGAGAAGCCUUUCACCUGCAUUCAGUGUGGAAAGAGUUACAAAGUGAAGCAAAGCCUUGAAAGUCACAUGAGAAUUCACACUGGAGAGAAGCCUUUCACCUGCCCCCAAUGUGGAAAGAGUUACAGAUUGAAACAAAGCCUUGAAUGUCACUUGAAAAGUCACACUGGAGAGAAGCCUUUCACCUGCCCCCAAUGUGGAAAGAGUUUCACAGUGAAACAAAGUCUUGACAGUCACAUGACCAUUCACACUGGAGAAAAGCCAUUCACCUGCUCUCAGUGUGGAAAGAGUUUCGCUAUAAAACGAUACCUUGAGUAUCACAUGAGAAUUCACACUGGAGAGAAGCCUUUCAGCUGCCCUCAAUGUGGAAACAGAUUCGCAAUGAAAAGUAACCUUGAGAAACACAUGAGAAUUCACACUGGAGAGAAACCUUACUCCUGCCCCCAAUGUGGAAAGAGAUUCACAGUAAAACAAAGCCUUGACAGUCACAUGACCUUUCACAAUGGUGAAAGGCCAUUCAUCUGCUCUCAAUGUGGAAAGGGUUUUGAUGUAAAACUAAAACUUGAGUAUCAUAUGAGAAUUCACACUGGAGAGAAGCCUUUCAUCUGCCCUCAAUGUGGAAAGAGUUUCUCAAUGAAAAACAACCUUGAGAGACACAUGAAAAUUCACAUUGGAGCGAAGCCUUUCAGCUGCUUCGAGUGUGGAAAGAGUUUCACCGUGAAACAAGGCCUCGAUAUUCACAUGAGAGUUCACAGUGGAGUGAAGCCUUUCAUCUGCUCCGAGUGUGGGAAAAGUUUCACAGUGAAACAAAGCCUUGAGAGUCACAUGAUGCAUCACACUGGACAGAAGCCUUUCACCUGUUCUGAAUGUGGAAAGAGUUUCACAGUGAAACAAAGCUUUGAGAUACACAUGAGAAUUCACACUGGAGAGAAGCCUUUCACCUGCUCUCUGUGUGGAAAGAGUUUCACACACACAACAAGCCUUGAAAAGCACAUGAGAAUUCACACUGGAGAAAAGCCGUUCACCUGCCCGCAGUGUGGAAAGAGUUUCACAUUUAAACAAAGCAUUGAGAGACACAUGAAAACCCACACUGGAGAGAAGCCUUUCACCUGUUCCCAGUGUGGAAAGAGUUUCACAGUGAAACAAAGCCUUGAGAGUCACAUGAGAAUUCACACUGGAGAGAAGCCUUUCACCUGCUCUCUGUGUGGAAAGAGUUUCACAGCGAAAACUACCCUGAAUUUUCACACGAGAGUUCACACUGGAGAGAAGCCUUUCACCUGCUCUGAGUGUGGAAAGAGUUUCACAGAGGAUAAAAAACGUAAUAUUCACAUGAGAAUUCACACUGGACAGAAGCCUUUCACCUGCUCUCAAUGUGGAAAGAGUUUCAACAUGAAACAAAACCUUGAUAUUCACAUGAGAAAUCACACUGGAGAAAAGCCUUUCGUCUGCUCUCAAUGUGGAAAGAGUUUCACAGUGAAACAAAACCUUGAGUGUCACAUUAAAAUUCACACUGGAGAGAAGCCUUUUACCUGCUCACAGUGUGGAAAGAGUUUCACAGAAAAACAGAACCUUAAAUGUCACAUGAGAAUUCACACUGGAGAGAAACCGUUCACCUGCUCUCAGUGUGGAAAGAGUUACACAAUGAAGCAAAGCCUUGAUAUUCAUGUGAGAAUUCACAAUGGAGAGAAGCCUUUCACCUGCUCUCAGUGUGGAAAGAGAUUCACAGUGAAACAAAACCUUGACAGUCACAUGAGAAUUCAUACUGGAGAGAAGCCUUUCACCUGCUCUGAGUGUGGAAAGAGUUUCACAGAGAAAAAAAAACUUAAUAUUCACAUGAGAAUUCACACUGGAGAGAAGCCUUUCACCUGCCCUCAAUGUGGAAAGAGUUUCACACAACAAAACCACCUUAAAUGUCACAUGAUACUUCACACCGAAGAGAAGCCUUUCACCUGCUCUCAGUGUGGAAUGAGUUUUAACAUGAAACAAAAGCUAGAGAGACACAUGAGGAUUCACACUGGAGUGAAGCCUUUCUCCUGCUCUCAGUGUGGAAAGAGUUUCACAGUGAAACAAAAUCUUGAGAGACACAUGAGAAUUCACACUAGAGAGAAUGGAAAUGCUGUGAGUGUGGAAAGAGUUUCAACAUGAAAUACAAGCUUGAUCUUUUUAUGUGAUUAGGAGGCUUGUCUGAUAAAACAUUAAUGGGAAAAAUUAGUCUGGUUAACACUCCUAGAAUUAACAUGCAAGUAUUUGUGAGAGACCCUCUGCAACAUUAUCAACACUCAUAUUGUAAUAACAAACAGGGAUGCACCGAUACCACUUUUUCCUAAAGGAGUCCGAUACUGAGACUUUGAUUUUUGGUACUCGCCGAUACCGAGUCAGUCAGACACCUUUAUUUAUAUAGCGCUUUUUACAAUGUAGAUUGUGUCAAAGCAGCUUUACAAUGAUAACUGGUACAUUAUUUUGGCUG